AUGUCUUCUCUUCCUUAUACUUGCAACACCUGCUUGGUUGCGUUUCGGAGCAGCGAUGCUCAAAGGGAUCACAUGCGCACGGAUUGGCAUUUAUAUAACAUGAAGCGCCGUGUUGCUUCUCUGCCUCCGGUAUCCCAGGAAAUCUUCAAUGAAAAAGUCCUUGCCGCCAAAGCCACUUCGACCGCCGCUGCCGCCAAGGCGUCCUUCGAGAAGUCCUGCCUCGCUUGCCAGAAGACAUUCUACAGUGAGAACUCGUAUCAGAACCAUGUCAAGAGCUCCAAGCACAAGGCCCGCGAAGCGCGGAUGAGCAAAGAUCUGGCAGACGACUCGUCAUCCGUGAUGAGCUCCACGUUCUCUCUGGGCGAACCGAUCAACAAGUCACAAGAAGGCGAUUCGGAAGUUGCCAAGGUUGCCGACAAUCUCAAGACAUCAACGAUCGAGGAAGAGGAGGAGGAGGAGAUCGAGGACGAGUCUGAAUACUCGCCUUCCCGCUGUCUGUUCUGUAGCCACAAGGCUUCAGACCCUCAGGAGAACACAGAACACAUGCGCAGGAGCCACGGCAUGUUCAUUCCAGAGAAAGACUACCUCGUUAACCUCGAGGGUUUGAUCCACUACCUCUACCGCAAAAUCAACGAGAACAGUGAAUGCCUCUACUGCCAUGCCAUCCGGAACAGCCCUGCCGGCAUUCGCACUCACAUGCGGGACAAGGGCCAUUGCAUGAUCGCUUUCGAGACCGAGGAGGAACAGAUCGAGAUUGGCCAGUAUUACGACUUCCGCAGCACAUACUCCGAUGACGAGGCCGGGUCAGUAACCAGCGAGACACCAGAGGACGGCGGAGUCAAGGUAACCAGCUCGGACGGCGACGACGACGGGUGGGAGACAGAAACCUCCGCCUCCUCCCUGGAUGACGACGAAGACGACGACUUCGAUUCCCACCGAAAGGCAGCCGUCGUGUACCAGACGGAAUACGAACUGCACCUCCCGUCCGGGAAGAGCGUCGGCCACCGCUCUCUCGCCAAAUACUACCGCCAGAACCUACACAACUACCCUUCGAUGGAGGAGCGGAUCGCCCGCCAACUCGCCAUCGAGAACGGCGAAGUCGAGGAAGAGCGGCCCCGCGGCCGCAACCCCACCCGCGCCCUUGUCACUCGUGCCAACGGCGGCCUCGGAAUGCUCGGCGCUACGGAGGAUCAGAAACGGGUCGCUGUCAUGUCGGAACGCAAGGACCGGACGCGCGCCAUUCGGCAAGAACUUAGGUACCGAGACCGGGUCAACCGGGCUGCGAACAACCAGAAACACUUCCGGGACCCUCUCCUGCAAUGA